UCUGUGAUGGGUAAAUGACAGACUGCAACAAGAUGGGGGGACUUUUGCUGCCUGUUCUGAUUGCCCUGGUGGCAUCUGUGAUCGGGGGGCUCUACCUCCUGGGGGCCUUCCGCAAAAGGCAGCCUGGAGAGCCACCGCUUGACAAAGGGUCCAUACCUUGGCUGGGUCACAUCCUGGAGUUUCGGAAUGACACCGCUCGGUUCCUCCAGAGGAUGAAAGAGAAGCAUGGGGACAUUUUCACGGUGCAGCUAGCUGGCUUCUACUUCACCUUCGUCAUGGAUCCGAUGUCCUUCGGCAGCAUAAUGAAAGAGGCCCGGACCAAGCUUGAUUUAUCAAAGUUUGCAGAGCAUCUGGUGAAAAGAGUGUUUGGCUACCAUCCAGCUCAUAAUGAGCGCAAAGACCUGGAAAAGGCCAACACCAAAAACCUGAUGGGUGAUGGCCUGGUGGUCAUGACCCAGUCAAUGAUGAACAACCUACAGAACCUGAUGUUGCACAGCAUUGGCUCCGCGACAGAGCAGGGCAUCUGGAAAGAGGACGGGUUUUUCCACUACAGCUACAAUAUCGUCUUCCGGGCAGGUUACUUGGCCCUGUUCGGUAAUGAGACAGCCAAGACAUAUGGCACCUUGGAGAAAGCUCGGGAAGUUGACCUCUUGGAGUCCAACAAGCUCUUUUAUGAAUUCAGGAAGUAUGACAACCUAUUUCCCAGUCUCGCAUAUGGAGUCCUGCGCCCCAGGGAAAAGAUGGAGGUGGAGAGGCAGAAGAGGCUGUUCUGGAGAAUGCUUUCAAUGCGUAAUCUGGCCGAGAAGGAGAACAUCAGCGGCUGGGUUCUGGACCAGGAGGUGUCGAGGAGAGAGAAUGGGAUGGAGGAGUCAAUGCGGGACCGGCACAUGUUCCUGCUCCUCUGGGCGUCCCAGGGGAACACGGGACCCUCCGCUUUCUGGCUGCUCCUCUACCUCAUGAAGCACCCUGAAGCAAUGAAGGCCAUCCGGGAGGAGGUGGAAGGACUGCUAAAGGAGACGGGACAGGAGGUGAAGCGUGGAGGGGUGCUCAUCGAGCUCACUUAUGACAUGCUGCUUAGGACACCCAUCCUGGACAGCGCAGUGGAUGAAACCCUCAGGCUCACGACCGCCCCUGUUCUCACCCGGGCUGUGCUGCAAGACAUGUCACUGAAGAUGGCCAACGGGAUAGAGUACACAAUUCGCCAGGGUGACAGGGUGGCUCUCUUCCCUUACACUGCUGUCCAGACAAACCCUGAGGUCCAUCCUGACCCACUCACCUUCAAGUAUGACCGAUUCCUCACACCAGAGGGCACCAAAAAGACAGAUUUCUACAAGAACGGGAAGAGGCUGAGGUACUACAACAUGCCCUGGGGUGGUGGGACCACCAUGUGCCCAGGCCGCUUCUUCGCCAUCAAUGAGCUGAAGCAGUUUGUUUUCCUCAUGCUCACAUAUUUUGACUUUGAGCUGAAGAACCCUGAUGAAGAGAUCCCUGCCAUUGACACCAAGCGAUGGGGGUUUGGCGCUAUGCAUCCAGUCAGGGACAUUCAGUUCAGAUACAGACUACGUUUCUAAAUCGCCCUAAACAUGAUGCAGGAUAUGCUAUGGAAUCAAGCUUGGUAUGAUUCUACUGACUAUUCUUAACACAUUUUUAUAGCUGAUAACUUCAGAGCUAUAACUGAUCUCUGUAAUUGUUAAUUUCAAGUAACAGGAAAAAAAUGCUUUGUUUGGCAGAUGUUGACUUAUAAUAUUCAAAACAAGUUCACACUGUUAAUUUCUGUAUGCUCUCAAGGAUGAACAAAAUUAGUAAUUUUUCUAUAAUUAUUCCUACCCACAUUUGCGAACAUAAAGAGUUAGUGUGUUUUUAAAGAAAUUCUGAAGUUCGUAAGCAGAAUAUACAUCUCACCUACUUUUCUGUGUGAUCAAGUCACUGCAGAAUAAAUAAACAAAGUCGUUUUUUAACCAAA